AUGAUCGUGUACAAAAAUAAUCUCAUAUCAAAAUUGAGUAUAAAGCCAAAUGAAGAUACAUUUUUGAAAACAUUAGAACAAACUAGACAAGAACAACGUUUACAAUUAGCCAAAACUGAACAUGACUAUUAUCAACUUAAAGAUUAUGAUCGUGAACAAACAUAUUCCAAUCACUCUUUGCAAGAACAACUUCAUGCAACUCAGUCGUACGUAUUUCCCUAUCACGAAGAAACAUUGUCAACAAUAACAAACAAUAUUCUUACAACUAAACCGCCAUUACCCGAUCGAUCUCGAAAUAAUGUAUUAUCACCAAAACGAAGCACACGUUCCCCAUCACCCGGUUUCAUCACCGAGGAUCAAAAUAAUUCAGUUCUUGGCUUUGAUCGACAACGAUCACAAAACAUUCUGAGACAUGACGAGGACCAUUCCGAUUGCCCACAUCGCACGAAAAGUCAUGUUAACUAUGUGGCAACAAAUUCAAAUAAUUCAAAAAAACACAUACACACAAUGGGGAAUGAGUUUGAAUCAGAUGAUUAUUUAUAUGAAACCAGUAAUGAAAACCGACAUUCUCGAUCACCAAGUGCACCUGUCUCGUCGUCUUGGGCUGGACGGGCGACCGUGCCUGAACCAUUUAACCUUACAAAUAGUAUGGCCAUUGAUAAUAUUCAUCGACGAAAGUGUAUGCACGAAAUCGAAGUGGAUAAAAUACAGAAAGAAGUUGAUGAUGAAAUUAAUUUAGGUCGAUCAUUUAGAGCUAAUCCUGUACCAACUCAUGUUAAUUUACCGUUAUAUGAAAAAAUAAAACAAGACCAGCGUCUUCGCCGAGAAAACGCUCGAUAUAUGACUAAAGAAUAUUUACAUUCAAUAUCAAAACCAUUUUCAUUUGAUUCAAGAGAAAAAACAAAAUUACUAUUACGACGACAUUCAUUUUCAGGGGAUUUAAGAUCUAUUACACAACAAUCACAUUUCAAAGCAAAACCAUUACCAGAUUUUUAUUACAAAACAAGCAAAGAUUUAGAGCAAACGAAAGAACAAGAGUUGCAUCGUCAUGUUAAAAAACAAAUGCGUGCCAAAGAAUUACUGCGUCAAUCGAAAUUACCAGAUAAUAUGCGUAAACGUCAACAAAAACGUUCAUUAAGUGCAAAUGAUUUAUCACGUAAAAAAUUAAAUCAAUUGGGUCUCCAAGAAUACAGUUUUAAACCCAAAACCAAUGGUUAUUACAUACCUAACUAUGAUAAAAUGCAUCGCCAAUUCAUAUCGAAUAUGGAAUCAUCGAAACAACUACGUUCACCAACAAAAUGUAAACCGUUUUUAUUGUACACAAAUUUGAUACCAUCGAAAAAAGAAAAAAUUCUUAAUGAUAUAAAAAAUGACGAACAAAUUCGUCGUUCACAAACGUUUCAAAUCAAAGGUAAACAAGUCAAACGUGCAGCAUCAGCUAAUAAUCAACCUGAUAGAAAAACUACAACUACAAUAAAAAGUCAAACAUUUGGUAUUAAAGAUAGUGGACUCCAUUCAUCUAUCAAUAUGAAUGUGAAUAAAUCAAUAUCAUUUGAAGAAAGCAUACCGACAAAAAUGACCGAAUCACAACGUUUAAGAGAAUCAGUGAAUCGAAAAAAGCGUCAUGAUGAUGAAAAAAAAGAAUUAUUUGAAAAAUCAUUUCAACAAUCACGUUCAAUGAAAGACAGACGUUUGAGAGAAAAAAUACGCGAAAAAGCAAAAUUAAAUGAUAAAUCAUUAAUUCAUAAAACAAAAAAUGAACAAAAAAUGCGUAAUUUACGUCAGUCAAUGCGUCGAAGUAACUCCGAUUAUGCUGAACAAUUAGAUAAAAUUCAAGAACGUGUUGAACGAAGACCACUUCUUCUUGAACAGCACUCACAAAUGACAGCACUCAAAGAAGUUGAAAAAAAAAUUCAACAUGCGAUGAAAAUCGGUGGUAUAACUGAAAACGAUUUAAUGAGAUUAAGUUCUAAUCCAUCUGAUGUAUAA